CGCGGCAACAAACAGUUUUACACGAAUUUCACUCAAACAUCGAUCGAAUAACUAAGUAUUGAUGCGUGAAUAGUGUUUCAUUUCUAUAAGACGAUAUGGCAUAUAAGCUGCUUUUGCCCCUGUUUCUAUCUCUAUUCAUAUGCUCCCAAGCGAAAUUAACAGAAGAUGAACUGAAGAGAUUCCUAGAAACCAAAUACGAGAAGGAAGCUAGCCAGAAUUGUUACAAAGCGAAUGUAGCCGAAUUUGACUAUGAGACAGAUAUCAACAAUAAAACCAAAGAAGAAUUGACUACUACCACUGUGCUCGAAAUUGCGGACUGGGUUAAGAACAUUUGGAGCAAAUAUUUCAAAGACAUCGAACCAAAUGACUAUUCUGAUCCCUCUUUGAAAAGACAGGUUCGUACGGCCCAUCUUUUGGGGGAUGCUGCUCUGGAUAAAGAAAAAUUGGCUCAGCUGACGAACACCACGAAUACGAUGACUGGCAUAUACGGCACUGGAAAAAUAUGCCCUUAUAAGAAACAGCAGUGCGACGUGACGAAAGACGGCCUGGGUUUGGAACCAGAUAUCGAAAACGUUAUGGCAAAAUCCACCGACUACGACGAACUGGUUUAUACUUGGAAAUCCUGGAGGGACGCCACAGGGGUCAAAAUAAAAAAAUUGUACCCGACUUACGUCACACUGGCCAACGAAGCCGCAAAAGCUAAUAAUUUCAGCGACAGAGGCGCGUAUUGGCGCUUCGCCUACGAAGACGACGGCUUCGUCCAGAACAUGGACGACAUCUGGACCCAGGUGGAACCCCUCUACAACGAGCUCCACAAAUACGUCGGUAGGAAACUGAAGCAACGCUACGGCGACAAACUCAACGUCUCCGACGGCCUCAUCCCCGCCCACGUCUUCGGCAACAUGUGGGCGCAGUCGUGGGGCAACAUCGCCGACUUGGUGGUGCCCUUCCCCAACGUCAGCAAGAUGGACGUGGAUUCCGCCUUGGUCGAGCAAAAAUACACGGUGCUGGACCUCUUCAAGACGGCGGACGAGUUCUACCAGUCGCUGGGGUUGCUACCCAUGGGGAUGUGUUACAACGAGAGCGCUGGGGCCAUGAUAAACAAACCCACGGAUGGUAGGGAGGUCGUGUGCCAUGCCAGCGCCUGGGACUUUUGCGACGGGGAAACUUACAGACUGAAAAUGUGUACAGAGGUAAAUUACGAAGACUUCAUUACAAUCCACCACGAAAUGGGCCACAUCCAGUACUACCUCCAGUACAAAAAUCAACCGUACGCUUUCAGAGAAGGCGCCAACCCAGGAUUUCAUGAAGCCAUCGGUGAUACGAUGGCCUUAUCCGUUGCCACGCCGAACCACUUGAAGAAGAUCAAUUUGCUGAAGAACUACACAGAAACUUACGAGGCUUCCAUCAAUUCACUCAUGCAUAUGGCCUUGGAGAAGAUAGCUUUCCUUCCCUUCGGACUCCUCAUCGACAAAUGGAGAUGGGACGUCUUCAGCGGCUCCGUACCAGAAAACAAAUGGAAUUCCCAUUGGUGGGACUACAGGAAGAAGUACCAAAAGGUCAAAGCUCCCAUAGAGAGAUCCGAUGAAACAGAUUUCGAUCCUGGUGCAAAGUUCCACGUGCCUGGAGAUUCCCAAUACAUCGCUUAUUUCUUGGCCCACAUUCUACAAUUCCAGUUCUACAAGAGCUUAUGCAUAGCCGCCCAGGAGUACGAUCCAGUAAAUAAGACCGUUCCACUUCACAACUGCGAUUUCUACAAGUCUGUCGCGGCAGGGGACAAACUAAGGGCUGGUUUACAGCUUGGAUCUAGUAAGCAUUGGAGCGAAACCUUAGAGAUCCUUACGGGGACGAAAAAGGUCAGUGCCGAGCCUCUCUUGGAAUAUUUCGAACCACUUUAUAAGUUCUUAAAAACAGAAAAUGAGAAAGCAGAAAAACCCAGAGUAAGAAGAUAAACUGUUAUUGACCAGUGAAAAACCUAGUGGUAACGUUACUGUCGAGGAAAAUAAAAGUACCAGAAGAUAAUGUUGUAUCUAAUAAUGAAUUUUAAUGUAAUCAUCCUCAUGUAAUAUUUAUGUAUUCUUAGUAAAGUGUAUUUUUAAUAAAACUUA